AUGCCUUUUUGCUGGCUCCUCGCGUGCCUGCUCGUCGCCGCCGCCGCCGACUUCUCUGUCUCGCCGGCCGACGCUGCCCUGGGUAUCAACUGGGGGACGAUCGCCUCCCACAGGCUGCCUCCGAACACGAUCCGGCAGCUCCUGCUGGAUAAUGGAAUCAAAAAAGUCAAGAUAUUCGACGCCGACGGCCAUUCCCUGGGGGCGCUGGCCGGAACAGGGAUCGAGGUCAUGAUCGCCAUUCCCAACGAAAUGCUCGCCGCCAUGAACGACUACGAGAACGCGAAGACCUGGGUGAAGCAGAACGUCACCUACUACAACUUCCAGGGCGGAGUAAACAUCAAAUUGAUCGGCGUCGGGAACGAGCCCUUCCUCAGAUCGUACAAUGGUUCCUUCACCAACGUCACCUUCCCCGCGCUCAAGAACAUCCAAGCCGCCCUCGAUGACGCUGGCAUCGGCGACGCCGUGAAGGUCACCAUCCCCCUCAACGCCGACGUUUAUGACUCCCCCGUCGAUAAUCCUGUCCCUUCUGCCGGCAAAUUCCGCCCCGACGUCGCCCACCUCAUGUCCCAGAUCGUCUCCUUCUUCAGCAAAAACGGCUCCCCCUUCACCGUCAACAUCUACCCCUUCCUCAGCCUCUACGGAAACCCCAACUUCCCCAUCGACUACGCCUUCUUCGACGGUACCGCCACGCCGGUCCUGGACGGCGGCAUCGCGUACACCAAUGUCUUCGACGCCAACUUCGACACGCUGGUGGCGGCUCUCGACAGAAUCGGAUUCGGCGACUUGCCGAUCGUCGUUGGGGAGAUCGGCUGGCCGACCGACGGCGAGGCCAAUGCUAACGUGACCCUGGCGGAGAAGUUCUACAGCGGGCUGCUCAAGCGCCUCGCCGCGAAACAGGGGACGCCCCGCCGGCCGAACGCCGACAUCGACGUGUACCUGUUCAGCCUCCUCGACGAGGACGCGAAGAGCAUCGCGCCAGGGAACUUCGAGCGCCACUGGGGGCUGUUCACCUACGACGGCCGGCCGAAGUUCCCGCUCGACCUCGCCUGCGACGGGCAGAACAGGUGGCCGGCGUCCGCAAAGGACGUGCUCUACCUGCCGGCGAAGUGGUGCACGUUGAACCCGAGCCAGAGCAACGCGAGCUCCAAGCUGUCCGACAAUGUGGAUUUCGCGUGCAACUCCGCGGACUGCACGGCGAUCGGAGAUGGGGGAUCGUGCAGCGCCAUGGACUGGCGGGGGAAAGCUUCGUACGCCUUGAAUGCCUAUUUCCAGACGCAGAACCAGCAGCUAGAGAGCUGCAACUUCCAAGGGCUGGGAGAGCUGACGGAGCAGAACAUCUCGCAAGCCAUCUGCAACUUCACUUUGCAGAUCGUCGGAUGGUCGUCGGCGGCGAACUCAUUGCGGCAUAAUUGGCGGAUGUUGGCGGCGGUUGGAGGAAUUUUGGUGCUUAUGUUCUGA